UCUAUACAGAGAGAGAGGUAAGAAUACACACAGUGGACACACACACUCUCUCUCAUCGCUUCUCUUUAUACUCCCAAAAUCCAAGCCGUGGCAUUUGGCUUUACACUCUAUCAUCUCUCUCAUCUCACCAGCAACUACGCAUCAAAGACUGUGUCAUCAGGACUCAUGUUUUUCCAUCCAUGUCAAUCAACAGCAAAUCUCUGUUUUCUCUCUCCUACUCUCUCUCUCUAAACGUAAAUGACAUUCCUUCCAUUUCUGUGUUCAUUCACAUGAUCUCGUAUCCUUCAAUUAAUGUUUUCGCACUUCUCGAAGUUCGUAGAUCAGACAUUUAAAGCUCCAGACUGACAUCGCCAUUCAAUUUUCUAACUUAACCUUCUCUACCUUUUUCUGUGCUUCGAUACUCUUCCGUUUCUCAUCUCUAUCUAUCUCUGUUUGCGUGAAUUUUUGGAUCAAAGACAUGAUGAAUACAGGGGAAAGGUAUCAACAGCGAAGAAAGACGCCGUCGUUUUCUUCAACUCUUCUCGACGCCAUUUACCGUUCCAUCGACGAAUCCAACGGAGAAGACGAAUUGGUGCAAGCAGAGUUGUUUGUCGGUAGAGAGAGAAAGAAGCAGAGCAAGACUAGCUUCAAACGAAACAAUGCUUCAGAAGAUGAAGAAGAGAUUGCGAGUUUUCGACGCGCUAUCAUGAUCGAGAAAUGGAUGGAGAAUCACAGUGACGGUACUCGAAUUUCUAUACUGAACAAUUCGGCCUCAAGCUCCUCAGAGUCUAGCUGUGGAGGCGUGUUUUCGUCCUCCGAAACAGAGUCCACUCACAGAGACAGAUCAAAACCAUCGGUUUUCACAGUGCAGAGACCGAAACAAAUUCGAACCGCCGUUUCGGAGAAGGCAACACAAUUCGAGCAAACGCCAAAGCGUGAAGGACGGUUCAUGAGGACGAACCUCAAAGCUUUGAAGAUCUACGGUGAUCUGAAGAAGGUUAGACCGCCGAUUUCACCUGGUGGCCGGAUCACUAAUUUUCUCAAUUCACUUUUCAAUUCAAAAAAUGCGAAGAAUGCGAAUCGCGAAGCGCUCGAAAAUUUGAGUUCAAUGCGAAAAUCGAGAUCGGUGAAGGAAUCAACCACAUCGACAUGUUCGUCGGCGUCUUCGUUUUCGAGGUCUUGUUUGAGCAAAGCACCUUUUUCGAGAGGUAAAUCGCCUGGUAAUGGAAUGAAGAGGUCCGUUAGAUUCUUUCCGGUGAGCGUCAUCGUCGACGAAGAUUGUCGUCCCUGUGGACACAAAAGUAUCUAUGAAGACGAUCCGAGCCUCAUGCCGAUUCCAAUUGUCAGAAAAAUUGCCGAGGCUGCAACGCUUAGGAAAGAGCUCAAGAACAAGUUCAUGGAGGAAAAAGAUUCAGCCUCUUAUAAUCUGAGAGAUUAUAAAGAGAAGAGGAUGAAUGCGUUUGAAUUGAGAGAUUUUCAAGAUGAAGAAGACGACGACGACGACGACGACGUUGAGAGUGAUUCGAGUUCUGAUCUGUUUGAGCUCGAAAACAUCGGUGCGAUCGGUAUGGGAACCUACAGAGAGGAGCUGCCGGUGUACGGAACGACUGAUCCGAAGAAAAAUCACGCCAUUGCGAAUGUGGUUUGAAUUUGUAGUUAAAAAUGCAUCUUCGAAAGAAAAAAAAAAUGGAAAAAUAAUCCAAUUAGCCACGUAAUAACUUGUUUGGGGAUGCAUAUAAGAAUUAGUUAUAUUUUGUUUGGAUUAGUGUCUUUCCUUUUCUUUGUCUUCUCUCCCUCUUGUUUUUUUUUUUCCUGAAUUAUUCAGUUAUGUUUAGGUUUGGUUUUGACAAAUGAAAUUGUUAUUGUUAA